AUGGUUUCUUCGAGAAUAGUCGAUUACCAUGAAGAUCUCGUGGAAGAACCCGAAGUUGAGUUACCUCAGAUGGUUUUUGCGGAUGGCGAGGAACCAGUCGGCGUCAGAGUGCUUACUUACCAGUCUUCUCGAGCAAUAAACACCAUACUUAAUGCUCUCAACGAAGCUGAGAUCCAGUACCUGAGAGAGUCGUCGUUUGGUAAACUCAUCGAGAUAGCCGAAAAACCUGCAUUUUCUGGUAGAUUUGCUAGAUAUCUACUAUCUCGACAGUUGAAGGUCGAAAAAAAACACGAAGCUUGGUUUCGGUUUGCCGGAAAUCCUAUUAGGUUUUCAUUGAGGGAGUUUGCCAUAGUCACUGGGCUUCCUUGCGGUGAAAUCCCCAAAAAGCAGAAGAUGAAGAAGAAGAAUAUCAACGAGAAACCUUAUUGGCCCGAACUAUUUGGGAGUAUGGAAGAAAUGCGAGUAUCUCAGGCUGUGAAGAUGCUACGAAAAAAAACGGUUACAGAUCCAGAUAUCCGGAUGAAAUUGGCAUGCCUUGCAAUAGUUUCAUCUGUGUUGCUGUCAACAAAUCUUAAGAUGAAAAUGCUAAAGGAGUACGCUGAGCUACUUGGAGACAUAGAAGAGUUUUUGUCUUUUCCAUGGGGUCGUAUUGCAUUCGAUAUGCUGAUGACCACUGUCCCUGCUUUGACAGAAGUGGUUCAGGAUGCGUGUUCUUCUUCCGAAUCGGAAAGUGAUGAUGAUGAAAUAGAGUCCCCUGUUAGCAAGGCAAGGAGGAAGACUUUGAAUCCUGCCCACGCAAGGGAAGUAGACAGAAAAUCGGAGCAUUAUCCCGAAGAUCCUCAUCGGCCACUCAAUGAUUCUGUUUUGGGUUGGCCAGACGAGGUGUUUGAUAUCAAAGUUGACAACCUUUUGAAGCUUAUAUUUCAAAAGUUUGUGUUCUCCAAAGAUAUGUUCAAAGGUGGAGUAACAAAAUCUGAUGUUGAGAAGAUGCGGGAAGACUCCAAACCAAAUGGCAAGAAGAAGCAGACCCGAGGGAAGGAGAAACAGAGCAUAGAAGCAGAAGAAGAUAAAAUUUCACCAAUUGUGCUUUCCCUUCUCAAACCUGAGCUCCAGCGGAUCGAAGGCAAAGUGUCGUCUGUGAUUGACUCCAUGAAACAGUUAGCUUUGUCAUCUGUACAGUACAAAGAUGACGUUCUAGCCACUGUGUCUGGAAUGAUAAAGCAAAUGAAAUCGGAAAUUCUGGUUUCACUUGCCCAGGGUCAUGCACAUGAGGUUUCAGGGUGUCACAAUAUCAUCCUGUCAGAUGGUCAUGUCUCGAAGCCAAGUUCUUCGAAACAACUAACCGGUCGAAGCGAGGCCGGUAAUGGGCAUGCUGCUUCAGAGUGUCACCCAAUCAAUCCGUCUUCUUCCAAUGCAUCUAUCCCACCUUGUUCCAACCAACCUGCAGUGGAAGGUGAUGACGAGAAUAACAGGGUGAUCGCUAAUGUGUUGGAAAAUCUCAGUCAUUAUUCAACUCCUCCUGGAUCACCCAACCAACCACCUGUUUCCGACGGACGUGGUCAAGACGAAAUCUCUUCACUACCAACCGGUGGUUACCUGGGUGAAAGCAAACAUCAACUCAGGUCUAUAUCUCGUCCGGAACUUAAUGUCCAAAAAUGGCAGUCGAAACAAAAUCUCGCUUAUGCCGCUACAAACGUGAAUGUCGGAGAUAGACCUCAAAUGAGUACACUAUCGGGGCACAGCGGAACGGAGGAUCGCCUUAGAUCAGAUUUCGAUCAACCAUCUUUCUCUUUGGGCCUGACUCAAGAGAAAGAUGCUUUACCCUCGCGUGAACACGAUCAGAUGGGAGAGAAUAAUACUCAUCAUGGUUUGGAGACGCAUCUAGAUACUUUCCUCUCUCGAAAAAGCAAGCGUAUCAAGACAGUCCCACAGUAUUUACUUAGCGGUUACCAGUGCGGGAGUAGCAUACUUAAUCGUGCUCGAGAAGGUCAACUUUGUGGGGGUAGCUAUUAUGAUAUGUCGGUUGUUCGUGACAAGUAUGCUCGACUGUCCACACUACUUAAGAAACCUUGUUUUAUAAACGUUGGUGGACUCUCGGUUACCCAUAAAGACCUUAUUGAUAUAGCGGACAGAACUCGUUUGUUACCUGGCAAGGUCGUAGAUAUUCUUAUGAGGGUUGUCCGAUCCACCUUCGAUAAUCAUUGUAUCGGUAAAGUGGACAUAAGUGCUGCGUUUCUGGACAAAAGGAUUCAAGGUGUUGCCAAGAAUGAAAACCCUGGCGAAGCGGCUAUCACAGCAACCCUCCUGAUUCAAACACAUUCCUUGUUUGGUUCUGACCCAUGCCGUGGGAUAACUCCGUCAAUUAUCACCGAUGAAGCACAUAGAGCGGCUGUUAUGAUAUACGAGUUUCAUGCCAAGUUGUAG